AUGCUCUUUGUGGCAUUCUGCCUAGUACUCGGUGUACUAGGUCACGUCGUUGCCAGCGGCUUCACAGAUGAUGAGCUGGUUCCGCUCAUGCCGUUUAUAUGGCCCAAAGAUGAACCUCUCGAGGCCAUAGUCAUAGACUUGGAAAGCUACCUCGAACAGCAUGUCACAGUCGCCCAAGCUGGUUUGGACCUCUUGAGCGUAACUGUUGACCAAACCGCCGUGUGUGAAUCACGAUCACCUGAAAAUGGAACUUUCGUGGUCCUUUGCCGCAACGACGAGUUGUACUCUUUGUUGGAGACAAUGCAGAGCAUUAAGGACAGGUACACCCACCAGUUCUGCCACGACUGGGUGUUUCUUAAUGAUGAGCCUUUUGACGAGUAUUUUAUGACCGGAAUAGUGCUGCAAAUGCCUGGCGGGAUGAUCAGUUUUGGCCAGAUUCCCAAGGAACAAUGGGGGCCUCCGUCGUGGAUUGAUCUGGCAGAGGCUGCAAAGAAGCAGCAGGCUUUGGUUGCUAAGAACGUGUACAAAGCAGAUUCUAACAGCUACAGAAACAUGUGUCGCUAUUACUCAGGCUUCUUUUACAAGCAUCCACUCUUGAGCGCCUAUAAGUACUAUUGGCGGCUAGAGCCUGGGGUGAAGUACUACUGCGACAUAGAUUACGAUGUCUUCAGGUUCAUGCGGGAAAAUGAUAAAAAGUACGGCUUCACCAUCUCGCUUUUCGAAUACAGAGACACAAUCACCUCUCUCUGGGAGAUUAGCAAACAAUGGAUGUCGAGAAUGUCACUCCCACUGGACAAUAUGGUGGGCUUUGUGGAAAACGCGGACGGCUCCUACAACCUCUGCCACUUUUGGCUGAAUUUUGAGAUCGCCGAUUUAGACUUCUUCCGUUCCCCACAGUACCAAGCCUACUUUGACCACUUGGACCGUGCUGGCGGAUUCUAUUACGAACGCUGGGGCGACGCUCCUGUCCAUACAAUCGCCGCGACGCAUCUUUUGGCAAAAAGCGAGAUCUGGUGGUUCAGAGAUAUGGGGUACUUGCACUCGCCUUACUUACAGUGCCCACAGGGCAAAGCCUUCUUAAGUCAGAGGUGCGCCUGUAACCCCGAGGCUGACUUUACACUUUCCGGAAUCUCCUGUGCGCCCCUUUAUGAAGCAAUCCAGAACGACCUGCUCUAG